AUUUGAUCAUCCUCUCUCUCUCUCUCUCUCUCUUUCAAAUGCCAACUCCACUUAAGCUCACCAAUGGCGCCAUCCCUUGCGUCGUUUUCCCGGUGGCGGGUUCGAACGAAUUGCAGCCGAAGACAAUUUUCAGAGCUUCCCCGCCUUUUCGCGUCUCAAAGCCGAAUAACAUUUUUGUUAGUCGGAACCCUAGCAUCCGACAAUGCCUUAACAAUGCCGAAAUUAGCGCCAAUGAUCCAUUGAAAUCGGAAAGUGGCUUUUCCAAUCAUGAAACUGAAGGUUCGAUGGAAAAGAAUGAAAAUCAUAAAAAACAUCCGCGAAAAUCGAUUGAGGUGCUGGAUAAAUUGAGGAGAUAUGGAGUUUCUGGAAUAUUGUCUUAUGGAUUGUUGAAUACAGUCUACUAUCUUACAACAUUUCUUGUUGUGUGGUUCUACAUUGCACCAGCACCUGCGAAAAUGGGCUAUGUUGCAGCUGCUGGAAGAUUUCUCAAGAUAAUGGCUACAAUCUGGGCUGGAAGCCAAGUUACUAAGCUGGCAAGAGCAGCAGGAGCUCUUGCUAUGGCGCCGUUCGUCGACAGAGGAUUGUCGUGGUUCACAGUCAAAUACAACUUCAAGUCUCAGGGGAAGGUUACUAGAAACGAAACUUCUAUACAUUCAUUGCGUUUUUUGUUUCAUUUCAUUGAUGUUAUGCUCAAAGUUAACCCAUCUCCAGGCAGUUGUGGCGAUUGUUGGAUUCUGCUUAGGGUUGUCUCUCUUGUUAUUCAUUGCUGUUACUCUGCUUUCAGCAUAAGACAGGUUCUUCCCUUGGGAAAGUAAGUACUUUUUUCUCUCACAUCAUUCAUUACCCUAUUCCCAAUGAGUGUUUCCUUGUCCUCAAUAUUGAAGGCUAUGACUUUUUUUCUUCCUUAAAAUUAAAAUUUCCAAUAUUUUAAGAGAUAGGGUGCAGGUUUAACCAAAAUUUUAUCAAUGAGAUUGUCGUUAUUG